GGCGCUGUCGGCGGUAAAAGCGCGUUAACUCAUAACCCUCGCUGCAAAGCUCGUUUUCAUUUUUUUUCCUACCCUGGCAUAAACAAGCAGUUGACGUUUACACGCGUUGGAUUUCAAAUGAUUAUCAAAUCAUAAUUCAAGUAUGAACACCCCUCAGAGUAGCAAGAAGAAAGGAAGGAACAGAAUAGGCGCUCCUGGGGAUUCUGCUGUACCAGGCGAUUCGGAAAUCCUAAGUCCACAGGAGGCCGCGCGAUUUGUUUUGGUGCAUUCCAUCGGAGAAGAAGGAAAUAAGUCGAAUCAGCUUGCAAUAUCUGAAGCUAUUCCCAUUGUUUCUUCUGAAGAAUUUGAAGCAGAUGAGAAAAAUCCUAGCCAUAAGAAAAAUGCUUCAAUGAUUGAUAAAGACAGAGAGGAAAAGGCGAUACUUAGCUCAUUGCCAGUUGCCACGGUUAAAGCAUUAGAUGGCUACGAAGGACAAAUUGGAGAAGCUGAACCCCUUCCAAACUCAUACGUUCGAUUCAUGGAACGCAGUGGGGAAGAACUUGAUGGUGAGGUCGAAUAUGAUCUUGAUGAAGAGGACUCUGCAUGGCUGGCGAUUGUUAAUGAACGUCGUGCCGCGGCGGGACUUCAACCACCUUUAGCAGCUGACAUAUUUGAGUUAUUGAUGGAUCGAUUGGAAAAAGAGUCCUAUUUUCAGCAACAAACAAAUGGAGGAGGAGGUGUUGCAGCGGAUGAAGAUGCCGUUUGCUGUAUCUGUAUGGAUGGCGAAUGUCAGAACAGCAAUGCAAUCCUGUUUUGUGACAUGUGCAAUUUGGCUGUCCAUCAAGACUGUUACGGAGUGCCUUAUAUACCCGAAGGGCAGUGGCUCUGCAGAAGAUGCUUACAGAGUCCAUCUAGAGCUGUAGAUUGCGUCUUAUGUCCCAAUAGAGGUGGAGCAUUCAAGCAAACAGAUCGUCCCGCAACAUGGGCACAUGUAGUUUGUGCCCUAUGGAUCCCAGAGGUGCGAUUUGCCAACACAGUAUUUCUAGAGCCGAUAGACAGCAUAGAAAGUAUUCCAUCUGCACGUUGGAAGCUGACGUGCAGUGUUUGUAAGAGAAGAGGUGCAGGCGCAUGCAUACAAUGUCAUAAAAGCAGCUGUUAUGCAGCGUUCCAUGUUACAUGUGCCCAACAAGCUGGACUUUGUAUGAGAAUGCGUACCGUACAGCCAGCCAAUGGAGAACCAAUGCUUGUGCAGAAGACAGCGUACUGCGAGGGGCAUGCGCCACCAGAUUAUCAGCCUUCCAAUAAUCCAGCCGAUGCCCGACGACGAGCUAUAGCUAACAAGAAGAGUUCCUCAGCGCCAGUUAUUUCGAUCCCCACUAUUCCACCUGAACGAAUACGUGAAAUUGCUAGUCUAGCUGAAGGCUUACCUAAAAAGAGCCAGCUGAUACAAAGGCUGAUAGCUUAUUGGACUCUGAAACGUCAAUUUCGAAAUGGGGUACCUCUUCUGAGGAGGCUUCAGAGUUCGCAUCCACAUUCCCGCCCACCAAUAUUAGGAGGUCAUUUAUCACCACCAGCCGAUGGUGAGCUGAGGGGGGAACUUUAUCGUCAACUUAAAUAUUGGCAAUGCUUACGUCAGGAUUUGGAGCGUGCAAGACUUCUUUGUGAACUAGUUCGGAAACGUGAAAAACUUAAGAAAGAGUUAUUCAAAGUAAAGGAGAAGUGUAUGUGGUAUGAGCUUCGUCCACUGGAAAGUGUGCUCAGAUCACUUCUGGAGGGGAUCAAAUCCAGGGAUACAAAUGAUGUAUUUGGUCAACCAGUUGAUACUGAACAAGUAACAGAUUAUCUCGACAUAGUAUCACACCCCAUGGAUCUAUCCACAAUGCAGGCGAAGCUAGAAAGACAAGAAUAUGAUAGUAUCGGAGCAUUUGAAGCUGACUUCAACUUGAUGGUGAAAAACUGUCUUGCUUACAAUCGAAAGGAUACCAUGUUCUAUCGAGCAGGAGUUAGAAUGCGUGAGCAGGGUGGGACACUCAUCGAACAAGCUCGCAAGGACCAUCCUGAAUUUAAUCCUGUUGUUGAAGUAGAAUCGACAGCUUCUAAAUUUCGGAAACGAGAAAGAACUGGUCGAACUAGAGGUGACUCCGAAUCACAAACUGGCGAAAGGGAAACAGGUGGAGGUGGAGUUAAUCGGCGCACAGCUGUACUGUUUACGCGAAAGGCCAGAGCUCGCGCAAGCAGAAGUGGUGUCCCUACUGCAUCCGAAGGGGAACAGAAAAAACAAGGAGACAGUUUCAGGGUCUACAGGAGUGGUGUAAUGGAUAGCGAUGGAGGAGAAGCAGAAAGUCAGUCUUCUAGCUGCAGUAGUUGUUCGACGAGUCGAUCGUCGAGCCCAGACGUUGAAAAGAAAGAUGCUGACACAGAGGCUGAAAAAGAAUUGGAAGCUGAGAAAGAAAAGAGUGCCGAAGAAGAAGAAGAAGGUGAAGAAGAAGUUGAUGAAGAACCAGAAGAUGAUGAUCGAUUGGAGGCUCUACAGCUCGUGUGGGCAAAGUGCCGAGGCUAUCCUUGGUAUCCUGCUCUGAUCAUAGAUCCUGGUACGCCUAGAGGAACCGUACACAAAGGUGUACCUAUUCCAGCACCCCCUGAUGACGUACUUGCACUUGCAGCUAAUUACAAGGAUCCAGUUUUUCUUGUUUUAUUCUUUGACACAAAACGUACCUGGCAAUGGCUACCUGGUGAAAAGUUAGAAAAAUUAGGAGUAUCAAAAGAGGUGGACGAAGGGAAAUUAAUAGAAUCUCGAAAACCAGCGGACAGAAAAGCGGUGAAAAAGGCAUAUCAAGAGGCACUGCAUUACCGUAAGCAAACUCAUAACUCUACUGUUGCUGCGGCGUCACCCGUGUGACAAUUUUUAAUUCACAGCCUUUGGAAAUACGUAUUUAUUUUUAAAAUAAUUGAGAACUUCAUGUAUUUAUGAUCAAUGUACAACUUUGUGCAACUGAACAUAUUAAAGAUGGGUCACUCUAGUAGCCUCAUUCGCGUAUUAUAUGUGGCUUGUAGUCAGAUUUGACUACCUCUGCAAGUUCACGAGCAUAUAGGUCCAGUCUUUGAGUCAUCUGAAAUUUUGUAACAAACUUUACAAACAAGGUACCUACUUAAGAAUUUACACUACGUGUACCACGUACAAUUUUAUACGAUAAUAUGACUAGAGUUUCAAGUUAUGUAAAUCAAUAACAGAGAAUAUCUAUAUAAUGAAUUUAAGGUAUACUUUGUGUUUGAAAUUGGAGAUAGGCAAUGUAGAGUUUUUGUUAUCGCCCAAUACAAAUUUUGAAACGUAA